AUGGCAGAUCCCACAAGCUCUGUGCAGUCUGUCCGCUCGGGAGUCAAAGCCAUCUCCCACGGCAGGUUCACCAUCAGUACCCAGAUUAGCAAUGAGGAAGACACCACGAACAUCUACUGCCAACCUGAUCUCACCUACGGCAGCCUUAGCUCCAACAACCUGACCCAAAACAGCGCUUUUUAUCUGAGGACGUUCGGCUACAACACUCUGGAUGUAGUGCCCAGCCACGAGUAUUAUGCCAACACCCAGAUAGCGGGAGAAGGAAAGAAAAACAGACCAACCCUUGCCGACCUCCACAGCUACAUGAUGGAUACAGAACAACAUUCCCCUCCUUCGUAUGAAAGUAGAACCCAUGAUGAACUUGGCAAAGGAGAGGGACAAAUGAACGAUGACAAGGUUCCAGUAGAGCCUGUCCGGUUUGGUUGGAUAAAAGGUGUCAUGGUUCGAUGUAUGCUGAAUAUAUGGGGCGUUAUUCUGUAUUUACGGUUAUCAUGGAUUACUGCACAGGCUGGAAUAGCUUUGACGUGGUUAAUCAUCAUCAUGUCUGUAGUCCUAACCAGCAUAACAGGUUUAUCCAUAUCAGCAAUAUCUACUAACGGCAAAGUCAAGUCAGGUGGUACAUAUUUCCUCAUCUCCAGGAGCCUUGGGCCAGAGCUUGGAGGUUCCAUUGGUCUCAUUUUUGCUUUUGCAAAUGCAGUGGCGGUUUCUAUGCAUACUGUAGGAUUCGCUGAGACUGUCAGAGAUCUCCUCAUUGAGCACAGUGCAACAAUAGUGGACCCCACAAAUGAUAUCCGGAUUAUUGGAGUCCUAACGGUCACAGUGCUACUUGGGAUUUCUCUGGCAGGGAUGGAAUGGGAAGCGAAGGCACAAGUUGGCUUCUUCUUUGUGAUUGUUGUGUCCCUUGCCAAUUAUAUUGUGGGGACAAUUAUCCCACCAUCAAAGGAGAAACAGGCCCAAGGCUUCUUCAGUUACCGAGGUGAUAUAUUUACCCAAAACUUCUUGCCCAACUGGCGAGGAGAGGAUGCAUCUUUCUUUGGCAUGUUUUCCAUUUUCUUCCCCUCUGCAACUGGAAUCCUGGCAGGUGCCAACAUCUCUGGUGACUUGAAGGAUCCUGCUGUAUCCAUUCCCAAGGGAACAUUGUCGGCAAUAUUUUGGACAGCACUUUCCUACUUCAUAAUUUCUGCCACCAUUGGGUCUUGCGUGAUACUUGAUGCAUCCGGGAGUGUGAAUGACACCAUUUCAUUGGGGUCAAUGGGAUGUGAAGGUAUUGCCUGUGGCUACGGAUGGAACUUCACUGAAUGUACACAGACUGGUACUUGUAAAUAUGGACUCAUUAACAACUACCAGACCAUAAGUCUGGUGUCUGGCUAUGCACCGUUGAUCACGGCCGGGAUCUUUGGAGCUACUCUAUCUUCGGCUCUUGCCUGUCUUGUGUCUGCACCCAAAGUCUUCCAGUGUCUAUGCAAGGACAACCUUUACCCUGGCAUUGCUUUCCUUGGAAAAGGCUUUGGGAAGAACAAUGAGCCCUUCUACAGUUACCUCCUCACCUACUUUAUUGCUGUUAGCUUCAUUCUUAUUGCGGAAUUGAACACAAUAGCUCCAAUCAUCUCCAACUUCUUCCUGUGCUCCUAUGCUCUCAUCAACUUUAGCUGCUUCCAUGCUUCCAUUACCAACUCCCCAGGGUGGAGACCUUCGUUCACAUAUUAUAACAAGUGGGCUUCCCUCUUUGGUGCAGUUGCUUCGUUAGCCAUCAUGUUCUUACUAACGUGGUGGGCAGCUCUCAUUGCUAUUGGAAUAGUUGUUUUCCUGCUGGCAUAUGCACUGUACAAAAAGCCUGCUGUAAAUUGGGGAUCUUCCGUUCAAGCUGGCUCCUAUAACAUGGCCCUGUACUACUCUUUGGGCCUAAAUGAAGUGGACAAUCAUAUUAAAAAUUACAGGCCUCAGUGUUUGGUUCUUACUGGUCCUCCAAACUUCCGUCCAGCACUGGUGGAUUUUGUUGGGACUGUUACCAAAAACCACAGCCUGAUGGUGUGCGGUAAUGUGCUGAUCGGUCAUCAAAAAGAAAAGUUGCCUGAAGUCACCUGUAAUGGACACAUCAAGUGGAUGGCCAAGAGAAAGAUCAGGUCCUUUUAUACAGCAGUGGGUGCAGACAACAUACGGACUGGAUCACAAAUGCUAAUGCAGGCUGUCGGUCUGGGCAGGAUGAAGCCCAAUGUUCUCGUGAUGGGAUUUAAAAGCAAUUGGCAAUCUGAUCAUCCGCAGAAUUUGGAAAACUACACUGGCAUUAUCUACGACUCAUUCGACUUGAAUUAUGGUGUGUGCGUGACGAGAAUGAAGCAAGGCCUGGACAUCACACGAAUGACCCAGACUUGUGUAGACACCAGCGCUGUGUUUGUUGAACAGCAGGCCAGUACCAUUUUCCAGUUGGAACAAGGCAAAAAAAACAUAGACAUCUACUGGCUGUUUGAUGACGGAGGUCUCACCCUCUUACUUCCGUAUCUGCUCACUCGCAAGAAGAGGUGGCGCCAGUGUACGGUUCGCGUGUUUGUGGGCGGUCAGAUCAGUCGCAUGGACGAGGAAAGAAAGGCGAUGAUUAAUCUCUUAAACAAAUUCCGUCUUGGUUUCCAUGAGGUCCAUGUUCUGCCAGACAUCAACCAGAAGCCACGUCCUGAACAAGUGAAGAGGUUUGAGGAUCUGGUUGCUCCUUACAGAUUGAAUGAUGGGUUCAAGGACGAAGCCAUUGUUAAUGAGCUAAGGAAGGACUGUCCUUGGAAGAUCUCAGAUGAGGAGAUUAAGAAAAACAAUACAAAAUCACUCCGACAAGUGAAACUGAAUGAGAUCUUGCUGGACUACUCCCGCGAUGCUGCACUCGUGGUGGUUACCAUGCCUAUCGCAAGAAGGAUUCAAAGCCCUAGCGCACUGUACCUGGCAUGGCUGGAGACAAUUACACAGGAUCUACGUCCCCCUGUCCUAUUAGUCCGAGGAAACCAGCAAAACGUCUUGACAUUCUACUGUCAAUAACACUUACUCACUUUAGCACACUCUUGAAUACCCUAUCAAAUAGUUGGCACAACAAAUUUGAAUGUAUAGGAGGGAACUGCAGAUGCUGGUUUAAACGGAAGAUGGACACAACAAACUGGAGUAACUCAACGAGUUAGACAUCAUCACUGGAGAAAAGGAAUAGGUGACAUUUCGGGUUAAGACCCAAAUUCAGUCUGAAUACAGUCUGAGGAUGGGUCUUGACCCAAGAGGUCACCUACAGUAUUCCUUUUGCCCAGAGACUUGCUGAGUUACUUCAGCUUUUUGUGUCUAUCUUCAUCUUAAAUUUGAAUGUAUGAUGAAAAUGAACCUGUGAAACUACACUUCUUUAUACUGUGAUUUUAAGAACUAGAAUGCAAACAACAGUGAGCUGAGAGUAAAGAGACCAGCAUGAAAGAACAGACGUUGAUAACAGAGCAUGAUUUUAUGAAGGCAUUCAUUUGUAAUAUAUAUAGUAGAAUCUCUAAUUAAAGUAAUUCUAAUAUAGUCAAUGAAUAUUGUCCAUCCUAUUAAAUCAAUAGUAUUGCUAAUUCUUGGAGGAAAUUAAAUUAAAACAUGUGGCUAUUCUAUGGAUGUUUUGAUUAAAACACGCCAUCAUAUCUGUUCAUCAUCUGCAUGAUGGGUCGGGCCCUCCAACUGGAGUCACCACCUCCAACCUGCACGCAACAGGGCCUGGAUAUGCACUGCCGAUCUCGCUGGCCCUGUGUCAAGUAGGGAGGUUUAUUUUGUGACCCUAACCCUAUAACAGGCUUUGUUGGCAGAGCUGGCAGAGGAUGUGGAGAGGCUGUGAGGAGAGUGAGUGCAGAUUUGUCCCAUCUCCGCUGUCAAGCACUUUUAAUCUUUACAUUUCACCCUGCUUGCUUGGGCGUUUCAAAUCUUUCAAAGUGAAGUAAAUUAUGGGAAA